GAAGCACAGAUGGGGAACUGACAGCACGACAGGAUGACGACUCCACAUACACAUUCGCUCCCAGAGACUACUUUAAAAUCAGUUUUGAACAGGAAUAUAAACAACGCCAGGCGAUACGUUGUUACUUGUUGUUAGGAAUUAUUUGUUACUUUGUAACUCAUCGGUUACUCGUUGUGGACGUGAAUGGAUACUAAGUUUCUUUGGAGGAGUGGACUGAAGUGUUUAGCCUACUGGCUAACCAGCAGCCCAUGAGACAUUGAAGACUCCGGGUUCACAACAAAGUAAAAGUCUAUACAUUACUACAUAUGGACACUUUUGAAUACUUUUAACUCUGUUUAUUUCACUUGAGCCGAACAUACGUGUUGUGAAACAAUGGAUGAGUGCGCGUGAGAUCUAAAGUGAAGCCACAAUGGCUGAGGAACUAAACACAUAGUUGUUGUACAGAAACAACUUGUGAGAACUUAAUUAACCUCUGAGCACCGUGGUGGAGGAACUUGUUCUAUUAGCUUGCUGUUCACUACAGUAUCUUCCUGCAAUGCCAGACAGACCUGCAAGGUUCCUGCAGUGUUGUCUGCGCUGUGACGGCUGGCUCACAUUGUAGCCUUGUCGUCAUGCUGGCCCUUGGAGUAGACCAUGUGAAAAGAGGUGGGAACGUGGUUGCAGGAAGACCAGGAGGGAGAACAAUGGCAGCGUGGACUCCUGUCACUGCCCCGCCAAUCACGCGUGAGCCUGGCAUCAACAUCAAGCAGAAAAUCUCCCAAUGGGAGGGACUAAGCCACCAGGAGGAUGUUCAGACUGGGAGAUCAAAGACCCCACAAAUCCUUGCCUGCCGCACUCUUUCAGGGGACCUUGUUGGUAAUGGACUCGAUUGCAAUGAAAAAAGUCACGUAGUUUGUAACAAAGCGACUGUAUCAAAAGCCAAAAGCUUGGGUUUGGAUUUCAGGGAAAACCAGGUAUCUCGUAGACCGGUUAUAGAUGGAAACCACUCUGAUUUCCCAAGAAAUCGAACUCCUUUGAAUACAACUCCCGCAAUUAAGCCAUUGACCACUGUAACCCACGUCCAGACCCCUGUAAUUAAAAUGAAUGCUAAAAAUGUUAACGGCAAUAAUAUCAAGGUAAACAGUUUAACAGAUGUGGAAGUCACAUCUCUACCUCAAUGUGUAGAUGACCCAGAGGCGUCGCUGCCUCCCGGCAACUUUUACACCUCCAAGGGUUUCUGGAAAAGACUGGAGGCGGAUGAAUCUUUUUGGGAGAGAGAGAAAGAUUCCUCAACUUUAACUAAGUGUCUUGGUGAAAUUAAACACUAUCCCCAAAACUCUACUUCCCCUCCACCUAAACCGCAGCGUACAUUUCAGUACAAGGGCACGAACUCUCCGCCUGGCCAAUGGAUCCAGUUGGAGAACCAGACAUCAUCGGUCCGCAAAUCAAAUCAAGUCCGAAAUAAUGACAUCAUCUUAAAGCCACCCAGCUGUCCGCCUCCUCCAUGUCCAGUCAACUCUUUCAAUGGGUUUUCCAGAAACAGAAAGAACAGGAAGUCAUUUGAGUUUGAGGAUGUGGUACGGCUGAUAGACCAACAGGCCUCCAGGGAGAAGGAGGGCCGUGGUUCGGGCCUUUUCCAUGCCCGAUCUGAAGACAGCAUCUAUGAGGACAUCAUCUCUGCGGAUUUGUCAAGAAAGAACCCAUAUGAAGACAUCAAACCUUCUCCCAUGUGUUUACCCAUAAGAAGACCACGAAACUAUACCGUUGUUCAGAGAGAGAGCCCACACCUCAAGCUGCCACCAAAGCCCUUCACACUUUCAACUAACGGUGACAGACUGCACAAAGUGGUGCGGGACCGCAAAGAAUCCGUAACAUCACCUACCCGUACCUCUGCUGAAAACACUCCUAAAUCAACGGUAGUAAAACCUGCUACUGUGUACAAGACACUCCGACAACCCCCGCUUAUAAACAGGAUCCAGGAGAUCUUUGAAGUCAAGAGAGGGAGGAAACGAGUGUGGGCGACUGCAACCAGAGAUGAAUUGAGCGGGACAGAGAGUGAUCCAGAGGAGACUUCUAAUGAUCGCUCCAAGCGUACAGUGUAUGUUCAGUCAACCCUAAAACAUCGGCCGGGUUACCGCACUUUAGAGAGGGACCUGAUCCAACUACAACAGCAGCAGCUUUUCCAGCAAUUUGUUGUGGUGUCGCUUAGAAAAACAUCCCCUGGAAACACUUACACACCUGAGAUCACGCAACUGUUCCCUACAAAGUUUGAGAAGUCUUCUCGUCUGUCUCGUGAAGCUGAGGACAGAUUGAAAGCCAUUCCCUUGUUUUGUUUCCCUGACUGUCAUGACUGGCGACCCUCCUCUGAUCACACAAGUGAAACGUUUUCUUUUGUCCUGACUGGAGAAGAUGGAAGUCGCCUAUUUGGAUAUUGCCGCAAAAUUCUGCCCUGUGGGAAAGGGAAAAGACUGCCUGAAGUUCACUGCAUCAUCAGCAGACUGGGCUGCUUCAGUCUGUUCGCAAAGAUCUUGGAGGAGGUGGAGAGGAGGAGAGAGGUUUCUCCUGCUUUGGUUCAUCCUUUCAUGCGCAGUGUCAUGGAAGCUCCUUUCCCCGCUCCUGGACGCACCAUCACUGUCAAGAGCUUCUUGCCUGGAUCUGGCAAUGAGGUUUUGACUUUGUGCAGGCCAGUGGACUCUCGUUUGGAGCAUGUGGAUUUUGAUAGUUUGUUGCAGUGUCUGAGUGUGACCAGACUCCUUCAGGUCUUUGCUUCACUACUACUGGAGAGGAGGGUCAUCUUCAUUGCAGAUAAACUCAGUGUUUUGUCCCGAUGUGCCCAUUCUGCCCUGGCAUUGCUGUAUCCCUUCACCUGGCAGCACACCUUCGUACCUGUGCUCCCCGCCAGCAUGCUGGACAUAUGCUGCUCUCCCACACCCUUCGUCAUGGGGGCAUUGUCUCCGUCCCUGCCACAGGUGCUAGAUAUGCCCAUCGAGGAGCUUCUUAUUGUGGAUUUGUGUGCGGACAAGUUUGUCGUUCAGCUUGGAGACGAGGACUGUAUCUUACCCAGCAAGCUGCAGGCAGCGCUUCAGGAAAUCCUGGAGAACCGGGAGGAGAUACUAGAACAAACUGCACGGGACAGGAAAGGAGAUGAAUCAUACUUGAGCACCUUGAUGUCAGAGGCUUUUGUGUGGUUCUUUGUUGAGCUGGUUGGGCAUUAUUCCCUCUAUAUGACCGAAGGAGGGCCCGGUGGGUCCCGAGAGCUGCAGAGAGACACUUUCAGGAAAUCUCAUCCUUCUCGUGGAGUGCGACAGUUUCUGCAGCUCUUCAUGGACACACAGAUGUUUGCUGGUUUCAUUCAUGACCGAGAGCUCAGAAAAGGAGGUGUUAAAGGGCUGUUUGAACUGAGAGCUGCAGAAUAUCUAGAAUCCUAUCCAGAACCAGAACCGAGUGGAGUCAACAAAUUUCUCAAGGGGCUUGGGAAAUUCUUGCAGAAGAAAUAAAGGACUGUCUAAGCUGCACAAAAUCUGUCAGACACCAAGUAUGAGCAGCCACGGCUUCUUCACAGGAGUGUGAUGACUCAACCGGCAUCUCGUUUCCUUCCCUGUAGAGAAUAGACUUGGGUGGAG